UACCUCUCAAUAGUCGCUGCACUAAGAUUUGGGAGGAUGGAGAACAUCAGGGAUGGAGUGCCCAGCUAAGGAAAGGCUCGUAAUUCUUGCAAGAGCAUUGUGCAAUAACGGAAAGAAGAAAUCUUUCAUCGGAACAUUGGGAUGUGCCUUUCUGUUGUCAUUCUUUCGGUAAACUCUUUCUGAUUUCUUUACAAUUAUGUUUGCAUUUCUGAUUCCUACAUUUUUGCAAAUUAGAACUUCUGCGACUAUUAAUUAUACUUUAUUUUUUCUUGAACUGUCUAUUCCCGUGCAUCUCUAAUAGAUUUAAUAUUUAUGAAUGCCUUUUUUUUCGAAUAUUUAAAUAAAUUACACGUACAAGAAUUGAAGGAUAGAUCACCUGCUUUCUUCUAUGAUUCAUACAAGUAUAUGAAAGUACAGAAGUUUCUUAGCGUUUUUUGAAUUUACAAAAUAAACAGUAAUAACUUGCAUCAAUGAAGUGAAUUUCAUUCGAAAACUACAGCAACAACAUAAAAAAUAAAAGAAGUGUAAAAAUGUGUUAGUAGGAUUUAUAGAACAUAUUCAGAGUAGCGGUACCUGGAAGACAAAAUUGUUAGAUAUUGAUUAAAUUAAAAAGCAAAUAUGGCUUUGACUCGGUCACAGUUUUACGUUGAUACACCUCCUCCCCGUGACCCAACUCAAAGAUAUAGCAUGUUUGCAGAUCAUUCAGAACUGGCUCGAGCCAGUGCUGCGCAAGAUCUGUCGUCCACCUCUUCCUCUGCUACUCUUCCGAGUGCUGCUGGGUCAGUGGACCGGCUGACAGGUUUAGGCGAAAAGAAAUCAUCCCGCUUUUUCACCUUGAAACCGAAGACCUCAUUUUCUCUAAGGCCAUUUUUCUCUUCUACUUCCAUAUCCAAUCUAUCGCCAUCGAAACAGCGCCGUCGUAAGGCUGGAGAAGUCUCGACCCCGAGGCGAGAUUCGUACGUGCAGACAGAAGACGACAGACGAGCUUACGACGAGGUCGGGGUUCAGACCCUGAACGCCUCCACGGUCGAUGUACCGGUCCAGACCUGUUCUAUUGAGUGGGAAGCAGGCGACAGUUACGGCUACAGAAGAUUGCCCGGGCCCGCCGCUUAUAGACCUGGAUAUUCGCGUUAUCCUUCUGGUGGUUAUUCUACGAAUUUGUUUACACCCGCAGUGUCAAAACCGCCCGGAACUGCGUUGGAGAAAACUUCCGCUGCUGAAAAUUCUUUUGUUUCUCCAUUAGUUACUUCCAGGCUUCUAAAAUAUGCCGCACCCGAUGAUUCACCCAGCUCUUCAGAAAAGACAUCUUUGUCUUCUCAAUCGACAGCUACGUCAGCAUCUGCUUUAGGAGGCGUUAUUAAAAACGUGGAAUCAGCCGAUCCCCAGAAGGCUUCUGCUGCUCUUUCUGAGCGCUCUACUGCACCUAGUGUUCCUGUGAAAUAUUUUUCCGCAAAAGAACUUGUAAGUGAUCCAGCUUCUACUACAGCAUUAACUUCUGAGGAUACCAAAGAGUGUACUGAUAAAAAAUCUUCCACUGAUAUCUUAGAUGUGAGUUGUGUCACAGCUGAUGAAACGAAUUCUAAUUUAAUUCGGGCUAAUGCUAUUGGGAGUGAAGUGACUUUGAAUCCUGACAGCCGUGCGAAAUCUGAAAAGCAAGUUAAAAUUUCGGAUAUAGAUAAAAUAAAAGACUUAAGUAACGAAAGUAAAAUUUCUGCGCCACGACCAGCUGGAUCUCCUGCCUCUGUUUUAAAAGUUGAUAGGACUUCAUCUCCAUCAAAGCAGCAUUCAAAAGUUAAAUCUGUGCAUUUUGAUUUAUUAGACUCUGAUGAACGACUGUCACCUCCUGAGAAACGUAAAGAUUCCAGUAAACCUCGCAAUGUUGACAAAGAUUUUGAGGCUUUAUUACGCGAUUUGGAUAUUCUAACGGAUGAACCUGAAGAAAAGGUUAAACCGCUGAGCGCUGGCGUUCCUGAGCAAUCGACGAUAGAUGUAUCUACGACAGAACAGGCAGAAAAAGUUCCUACUGUUUUGGAAGUACGUAGAUCAUCUUGGUCUACUACGCAACCUAAAAUUUUAAAUGAUGCCUUGAAAAUUUCUCCCAGUAAUAGCGUAAUCAUUUCCCAGACUAAACCUUCUGAUGACUCAGAAUCCAGACAGUGUGAUUUUACAAAUUGUUUACGACCUUCACAGAUUCAGAAUAGCCCAUUUCUUGCUAAGAUUAGAUCUAGAUCUGCCAGUCCUGGAUUAAGCCCCGACUUAUCAUCACCUCAGUUUAAGAAUAAUAUUUCAGCUGUUGCAUCUGAUAUAAAGAAUGACUCUUCAAAAGCUGUGGGUCAGUGCGAUUACGCUAGUUGUCUGAAGCCGUCACAAGCGCAAAACAGCGUAUUUUCUGCAGAGCUGUCUGAAAUAACUGCUAAUAAAUCUUCAAAUAUUAUUAAUGCUUCGCUGCGUACUAACACUUCACUAACAGCGCGUCCUGAUAGCCCUGUUGUGAAAAGAGCCAAUGCGCUUAUUUCUGGAAAUCAAGAAAUUGCUGCCUACAAUGUAGACAAAAAUUCUGUAUCAGCAGAAGAAGUAGUUCCUCAAGUUAAACAUAAGUCUGAAGUUUUUAUAAUGCUGCAACCACCUCAUGCAAAUGAUGCGACAGUACCAGGAGGUGACAGCCAUCUACAGAACACAAGUCCAUCUCAGCAGAGUUCAGCCUCUUUAGAAUCACAAUCAGAUCCACAUUCAGAGUCGUUGGAUACCCUUGAAAAAUCAGAGCACCCGAUGCCACAGUCAGCUGAUUUUCAGCAAUCUAAAAUACUGCCUGAAAUACCACAAACAACGUUAGAAAGCUUGGCAUCACCGCCACCGCCUCCACCACCACCUCCGCUUCCUGGCAUCAAAUCCUGUCUGGCAUUCGACAAGAACAUCAAUAAUACGAGUUCCAUGGAAUCGAUGAUAAGAGAACAGCAUUCCAAUCUUAUAAAACCUCAAAUUACGAAUGAUAUAAAGCCUUCAACCCCAAAGACAGCAAUGAUGCUUGAACUUGAGAAACGGUUCGAGUCAAAAUCCAAAAUGAAUUCCGGAAAUCAAGUCCCUUUGAGUGUGGAAGGAGAUACAACGAAUUAUGGAGAUACAUCGAUCAGUUCUUUUCCAGAUUCUGGUAAGCUAU